AUGUUCGCCACUCGCCGUGUCGCUACCUCCCUCCCCCGCGCCUUCUCCCAGCGCGCCCUCUUCCACAACACCGCUCCGGCUUUCGUCCAAAAGGGCGACUCCAUCCCAGACCUCGACGUCCUGGUUGAGAACUCCCCGGGUAACAAGGUCAACCUCGCCAAGGAGAUUAAGGGCAAGGGUGUUAUCAUUGGCACUCCUGCUGCCUUUAGUCCGGCUUGCUCGAGCACCCACGUCCCCGGUUAUAUCAACCACCCCAAGCUCAAGGAAGCUGGUCAGGUUUUCGUUGUCUCCGUCAAUGAUCCUUUUGUGACCAAGGCUUGGGGAACCUCCCUCGACCCCACCGGCAAGAGCGGCAUUCGCUUCCUUGGUGACCCCACUGGUAAAUUCUCCGAGGCCCUCGAUGUGACCUUUGACAGCACCUCGGUCUUUGGCAACCAGCGCAGCAAGCGCUACGCUCUUACUGUGGAGAACGGCAAGGUCACGGGUACUUACAUUGAGCCGGACAACACUGGCGUCAAUGCCUCCACGGCCGAGAAGGUCCUUGGUUAA